AUGGGGCCCAUUGGAAGCCCUGAUCGACAGUUCAAGUCCAGCUGGUACAAGUUCCUCCUCUGGGCAGCGCAGAAUAACCGGCCCCACACGCUCGAACGUUGCCUUCUCCUCCUCCACGCCGCUAGCCUCGGAGACUGGAAUGAGCUUCAUGCCUUCUUUCUCAAAGAGGGCUUUCUCCUCGACCUCGACCCUAGCCCGAAAGACUGGAGUGGGAUUGUGGCCAUCCUUCUCGACGAGGCAAUCCGCAAGACCUCCCCCGACAGGGUCCGCGUUCUCCUGGAACACGGCGUUGACCCUAACAUGGGGGUCUAUGAGAAGAUGGAAUGGCCUCCUUACGGCCGUAGUCAAGCGGAAGGAUCUGGCGAUCGUCAAAAUGUUGCUAGAGGCCAGUGCGGACGUUAA